AUGCUUCACACAUCAAGCACUGAUCUUCCCCAUAGCAAGGCUGUGGGAAUCAAGCAAGAUGACAAGUUCUUUUCCAGGCUUUCAUCAAAGGAAAAAAACUCGGUGGGAAACUCUUCUUUAAGGGUCUACUAUGGUGGAGUCUCGGGCUCUAUUCCUUUCACGUGGGAGUCUCAGCCCCGUACCCCGAAACAUGCAUUUUCUACUACAUCUCUCAUUCCUCCUCUAGCUCCUCCACCUUCUUACUAUUCCAAGUCCAACCCCAAAUCCAUCAAGAAACGAUCGAGAUCCGGUCUUUUGCGCGCGUUGUUCGGGAAAAUGAUGUGCUUUAACUUGAACGAGAUGAACAAUGUUGCGCCUUCGUCGCCUUCUUCUUUGUCAUCAGCAUCGUGGUCCUUGAGUUUCGAAAAGCACCGGCAGAGUAGUCGGCCGAGUUCAUCGUUUGUUUCGAGAGCAGAUGUCGGAUCAUCAUCGCGGGCUUUGGCUCGAUGUUUUGCUGCCUUUGGUAUAGGGAGCACCGGUAAGUGUCGUGCAUGCUAUUGCUGGGGAUAA